ACCGACCGAGCCAUUAACAAUUUAGAAAGGCUCCUAUCAAACAGCUUCCUUUCUCCCUUUUGGGUUCGUAGUUUCGUGUGUGAAUCUUCUUCUUUCUUCUUCUUCCUCUUCUUCCAAAAAAAGCUAAUCAAUCCACAACAAUCGUCUCUUCCCUCGCGUAGUUGCGUCGAUUGGGUUGGGGAAUUUUCAAUGCCUGCAAGUUUUUUAGCGGAAUCUGUCACCGAAAAUCCUAAGGCACUGCCAAGCUGCUAAAUUUCGCCUGUGAUUUACAGGUUAGAAUCCUCAUCUCGCUUUUCCUGAUGGCUCCGAGCCGCAAGAAAGGCGGUUAUAAGGCGGCGGCCGCAGCAUCGGCUCGGCGGCAGUGGAAGGUUGGCGAUCUCGUGCUUGCCAAAGUCAAAGGCUUUCCUGCUUGGCCUGCCGCGGUUAGCGAACCAGAGAAGUGGGGCUACUCAGCCGAUUCCAAGAAAGUAUUGGUUCACUUUUUUGGAACACAAGAGAUAGCUUUCUGCAAUCCUGCUGAUGUUGAAUCAUUUACGGAAGAGAAGAAGCAAUCGCUUUUGACAAAACGGCAUGCCAAAGGUUCAGAUUUAUUCCGUGCAAUUAAAGAGAUCACAGAGAGUUACGAGAAUCGGAAGCAGCAGAAGGAAGCUAGUGAUCCUAAAUCUGUUGAAGAGACAACUGUCGGAAGUGCUGAGAAUACUAUAGAGCUGCCUCAGGCAUGUGAAAAUCUAAUUGGUACAAGACUUGACACUCAAAUAGAGUCAAAUUCCAGUCAUGGUAGGGAUGAAUCGACUCUUCUCAGCGAGGAUGCUUCAGCUGCUGAACAAAUGCUAGCUCUGCGUCAUAACAGUCUAGCUCGUAAUGGAGCCUGUGAUAGUGCCGCAGCUAAAGAUCUAUGUGAGAUAGCUACGUAUUCUUCGAGGAUAAGAAAUGAAAAGGCCCAGUCUCAAACGUGUGAUCCACAGAAAAUAGUAGUACCGGUUCAGCACUCUAAAAUCUCGUCAAGGUUGGAAUUGGAUAAUCUUCAAAAGUCCAAGCUUCAAUGCAGUGAUGGUGGCCACAGUGUCGAUGAUAUAGACGAUGGAGCUAAAAGAAGGAGAAAGAGGAUCCGGUGGUCAGGUCACUCUGAAUCAGAUGAUGUGGUUUCAUCAACUCUAAAUUUUCAUGGAUCUGAGGAGGACAACGCAUCUGAAAUUGCUACAGUUGAAUCUGACAAUAAUAGUAGGAAUGAUGGCAAUGGUGUGGAUUCUGGUUCCAAAGUCGAGCAUUCUGAUGCUGAUGCUGUUGGUGAGGAUUGUGAAGGAGGUCAUGAGCUCAACAAAGGGCUUGAUUUCCAAAUUAGUACCAUGGUUAAGAGGAAGAAGAGGAAACCCACCAGAAAACGUGAAAGCAGUGACCUUAUUGAUCUUCCUGCUAAAGUUGAAGCAGAAGAAGGUUUUGUGACCAAGGCGUGUGAUAGCUGCCAGGGAUCUCAAAAUUCUCAUGGAACGCUGAAUGAGAUUCCCUGUGAAGAGAAUGGUGAUGAACACUUGCCUCUGGUAAAGCGAGCCAGAGUCCGAAUGGGUAGAGCUUUUUGUGCUGAUGAAAAGGCCAGUGCCUCUUCACAGUUCAAAGACAUAUCAUCCAGAGACACUCUAACAAGCGCAGCCAAGCAGACAAGCCCUUCGAUUAAUCAUGAAAAUGGUAUUGUUUCUGGUCAUGAUUCUUCUGCAGCCAAAGAAUUUAACAGCUUUGAAUUGUCUACUAAGCUCCCAGGUGAUAUGAUUGAUGUAGUGCCUUCUCAAACGGAGAAACCUUCUGACAGAGUGUCGCCGUCUAAGGCCUGUGUUCAGACUGUAGGAGAUAAACAAACUGCUACGGAGUUCCAUGAGAACAAAUUUAACAUGAUGCUAGAUGAUGAAGUAACUGAAGCACAAUCUAAUCAAGUUAGCAGUUCGCCAGAAGGGAAUACUCGUGUUUCUGAAGUAGUUCAGGGCUGUUCUGAGGAAUCGCAAACCUUGAACUGUCUAAAUAGUGAGUCUGAUCUUAUUGACAUGCAAUGCUCACAUCAAAGUGAGAAAAACGGAACCCCUUUGAAUCCUGAUACCUUGGAUUCAUCUGAAAAUAAGCCCCCAAGUUUAUGCUCGAAUAUGGAUAUGACGGCAUUAGGGGUACCGGCUCAAUCUCCUCACCAAAACCAAAGCCAGGGCAAGGAUUGUUGUGACCAUUCAUUGGUCGUUGUUGGAGAUUCUUUUCUUAAAGAAAAAUGUGAGGAAAUUGACAAUAUGACUCAGGUCGUCCAGUCUGAAGGUGUAGAACAUUCUUCAUUGCUCUGUUCAGUGGUCGAGAAUCGAGAGGCUGAUAAUAUGCAGGUGGCUGAAAACACUCUACUGAAAAACAAACAAGAAAGUCUGGGUAAAGAAUUUGAUAGUGAUGUGACAGUUACAAAAGCGGAACCUCAUAAUGAAACAGUGUAUAGUCAGUCUGAGGAUGCUGUGGAGAACAAAGAGCUGGAAAAUAGCUGUGAGGCUGAUGAGCAGAAAGAGCAGAUCCAAGCCACCAAUUCUGUUACCGUAUCUGAAAACCUUUCACGUGAUAAAAUGAGUUUAUCUCCUGACUCUACUGCAAGGGCUACUCCACAUAGCAACUCAGUUUGCCAUAUUUCUACUGUAGAAACUGCAAAUGUUAUGCAGAACAACAGUAGUUGCAGCACCAAUGUUCACUUUGGUGAGAAAAAAACUAUGAGUGAUGACAGUGUCAAAGAAGAAAGCAAAGUUGAAACGGGUACAACACAGGUGAAGAAAGUUGUUAGUCCUGAUGUGCCGGUCACUAUUGAAUCUUUUGAGACCGCUCUAGGCUCGUUGGUUAGGACAAAGGAGACCAUUGGGCGAGCAACUCGUUUGGCUAUGGACUUGGUGAAAUUUGGUGUGUCGGCAAAGGUGAUGGAAGUUCUUGCUCAGGCUUUGGAAAGCGAGUCAAAUUUACAAAGGAGGGUGGACUUAUUUUUCCUUGUGGAUUCUAUUGCUCAGUUCUCCUCCAAAGGUCUGAAUGGUGAUGCUGGUAGGGUUUAUCUUUCAUCCAUUCAAGUUAUGCUGCCUCGCCUAUUGGCUGCUGCUGUCCCAGCUGGAGCCACCACACAAGAAAACAGGAGGCAGUGCUUAAAGGUUUUGAGGCUUUGGUUCGAUAGACGGAUCCUUCCUGAAUCUAUUGUUAGUCGCCAUAUAAAAGAACUAGAUUCACAUAAUGAUGUUCCUGUUUGCCUCUAUUCUCGGCGCUCCGCUCGAACAGAAAGGGCGCUGGAUGACCCUGUUAGAGAUAUGGAGGGUAUGCUGGUGGAUGAGUAUGGAAGUAAUUCAACUCUCCAACUUCAUGGAUUCUGCAUGCCUGCAAUGCUUAAGGAAGAAGACGAAGAGAGUGACUCGGAUUGUGGUGAUUUUGAGCCUGUAACCCCUGAACAUGAGUCCAAAAUCCUUGAGGAACACGUCACACCCUCCAUUACGGAAAGGCAUACCCGUAUACUGGAAGAUGUUGACGGCGAGCUUGAAAUGGAAGACGUGGCUCCACCCUGGGAAGUUGGAAGCAGUGCAAUCACUGAUCAAGCUGGUAAUACAGAGUCUGCAAACUGUCAGCCUGUCUCUGGCACUUCACAUCAGAAUGUGACCUCGUCAUCUCCACGAGCUCCCCGUUCCCAGAAUGCUCAGUGUGCCAUGUCUGAUUCCUACUCAAACGGCUUUGACUGCAGUGGAUAUCCCAGCAUGCAUGGAGAUCAUCAGGCCGGUCUUCCAAGGAUGAAUCCACCUAUGCAUUACCGAAGUCCUGAAUCAUCUUAUAGUUCCCGUGCAUCUUGGUCAAAAAGCAUGCCACGCGGGGAGGAUUCUAGCUUCCAGCAUAGGCCUUAUCCCCCACCUCCGCCUUCACAUCAUUAUUCAUAUAUGGAGCCCGACCACCACAUAAAGCAACGGAGAGAAGCCUCCUCAUACCCUCACAGAUCUCAUUACGCGCCGGAUAUUGACGAAAGGAACUAUCAUGAUAGCCAUGAGAGAGUGAGGCCUGCACCAUGUGAGAGUCGAGACAAUUGGAGAUAUCAUCCGGGCUCUUCUCAUGGGCCACGAUAUCAUGACAGACACAAAGGCCCUUAUCAGUCCAGCUCAUCAUAUAGUGGGCAACACCGUGACUCUGGAAGGAUGCAGAGCCAAAGGUGGAGUCAUUCUCCGCGGGAAUAUAACAGUAGACACUCUUAUCACCAUAAGCAGCAUUCGGAAGGUCCUGUUACCGUAGGAAUGAGAGAUCCGGGAACGUGGCAUCAAAGGUGAGGACAGAGAAAACGGCAAGUCCUAUGCAGCAGGAGGCUCUAAUAGUUAUGGAAGGAAUAGAGAGAAACAAGUUUGGCUCGAAUAUACACUUUGGCCACUUGAGAGAGAGAUGUGAUCGAUCGCUUGCUUGUUUAGGCACUUUUUUAUAUACCCCCCAAAAAAAGAAGGGCACUGUGUAAGUGUGUACAUAUAUGAUGUUCCUCUUUACCAAAACCUCAUGCAAAGAGAAAAACAGCCGUGAGAAGAUGGUAAAGCCAUUUGUAGAGAGAUGGGAAAAUGAGUUAGUACCCUGAUUUGGGCAUUUUUUUUUGUUUUGUUUUAUUAACCCCCUUAAUUUGUUUCUGGUUAUUAACCUAUUAAAAUGGAAAUAUAGUAGUAAUAUAUUGUGCUAUUGAAGAUGUGUAAAAUGAAUCUUUAGUUGAAGCAUUUCGUUAAUAGUGUGUUGAAUUUGUU